CGGGGAUGGAAGAAAAAAAAAAAAGACAAUUGUGGAAAAAAGGGGGGUGCCCUUUACAUAAAAAUAACCUUUUUAUAAUAAUGAAUGAAAAUAUAUCUUCGGAGGCUUGCAUUGAACCAGUAUUGCUGCAGCGCAAUUUCCCUGCUUCUCCUAAACUCAAGUCACUCUCCUAACCGUGUGAAACUGGUUGUCAACGUCCUCUGCUGUGGUACCUCCCUGGAUACUCCUUGGACCUUAUUGUAAAGAAAGAAAUAUUCUUUUUAUAUAGACAAGAAAGGCAUCUAAUGCAUUUCCCUGCAUAUUCAUACGCUCUGGGUCUGGUGGACUUAAUUCAGUCGCUAUCUUGUAAUGGCAGUGUCAGACCCUGGCAGGACAACGGGUUUUCCUUGCAAACAGUGUGGGAUGGUAUGUCCCAGUAUGCCCAGUCUACUCGAGCACAUGGAUGCUCACCUUCAACAAGAGGAGGAACGCAAAUUUAAGUGUGACGAAUGUGGACGUGGUUAUAGGCAUGCUGGUAGUCUAGCUAACCACAAAAAAACUCACGAAGUGGGUUCUUUUCAGUGUAACAUAUGUGGUAAAGAAAACUCCAACGCUUUGGCCCUGAAGAGUCAUCUCCGGUGCCACACUUCACAGAAGAAGUACUCCUGUGAAGAAUGUGGGAAAGCUUUUCGUCUGGCAUCACAGCUGGCUACACAUGAGAGGGUUCAUCUUGCUAGGCGAGCAAAGGAGCAGUCAUACAGGAAGGUAGACAUGGAAUAUUCCACAAAUGAAAAUAGACAUGAAAUUGAAAAUAAUCACCCACAUCAUCUCAGUGAGGAGUCAGCCAGUGUCGGGAUUUCUACAGAAACCAGCCCUGUUGAGUACAAGACAGAGGUUGUUUAUAAUGCACAAGCUGAGACCUCUGACGAUGCAGCAAAUCGACCUUUCAGAUGUGAUUUGUGUGACAAAUCAUACAUACACCAUCGAAGCCUGACCAAUCAUAAAAAGACUCAUCAGGUGGGAAUGUUUGAGUGCACGGUCUGUUUCAAACUGUUCAAUAACAUGGCUGCUCUCUACAGCCACCAGAGAACUCACAAGGCCAGAAGCGGGACAGACCCCGGCUCAAUGGGUGGAUCAUACACAGGCACACCACUGGGCCAGUUUUCACCUCAGAACCAGGAUGCUCCAGUAAAUUUCUGCCAUUUGUGUCAGGUACUAUUUACCAGUGAUGAGGAGUUCCAGGAACACAUCCAAAUACAUAACUCUUCAUCUGUGUCGUUUGGGCUUCAAGAUACCUUGUCAGAGAACCACAAUAUAUCAUAUGAGAACAGCAUUGCUUCGCCUGAGUCUAAUUUUUAUGCAUCUCCCAUAAAUAAUGUUCCUUCAGUAUCAUCAAUAGAUAACCACGGAGGUUUUGAUCAGUCACAGGAGCAGAUUAGAAGUAAUGGUCAUGUGUACUCAGACUGCUCCAAUAAUCAAACCCCAUCUUCCAGUAGCACUCAGGGAGAACCCCCAAUCCUAGACCCAAGCAUUCUCGAUCCUGUCCUGACACACACACAGAACACUGACAAUGCAACUGAAUUGGAAGAGACUUCGACUGUAGAUUCUGUUGAGCGUCCCUUCAAGUGUCAGGUCUGUGGUAAAAGCUACCGGCACUCCGGGAGCCUCAUCAACCACAAAAGGUCACAUCAGGUUGGGAUUUACCAGUGUUCCAUAUGCAGAAAGAAUUAUCCUCACCUGGCCGCCCUCAAAAGUCAUCUUCGUCUCCACAAAGCUCAGCCGUCUUCAUCUUUUAGCCUCAACGCUGAGGGAGACUGGCUCUCCUCAGAGCCUCUGACUCUGGAUAACCAGCAGGGCUGCUUCUCCUCACAAGAGGAGGACGACGGCGCUCAGCCUGUGCUCGGUAUCGAUCAUAAGAAUGGAAUUGACCACAGCAGCGGAGCAUUGUACCAUGAGCAGUUUAAUCAGGACUUUUCCCAGGAUAUGGCAAUGCAUCUACCUCACAAUGAACACCUGAUGCAGAGGCACAUGUGUGCAGACUGUGGUGAGACAUUUGCAGAUAUAGCAGGGAUUAAGUCUCACAGUUGUCCACUGCUACAGCAGCAACACGAGACUACUAGCAGUGACUAUGAGAGUAAUAUAAACUUCCAGGACAGUAACGGUCACUAUUCCAUUGGAAAUCCAGGGAGUAAUGUAGAGUUCCAUGGUCUGAAUGGUAGCCAUGACCAAAGUUACUUUGAACAGAAUUUUCAUGAAAACGUGAGCAGUCAUCAGCUGAAUGGUGGCGGAGAAGGUGAUAACGCUGAAGAGGAGGAUGAUGAUGGAGAUCUUUAUCAGUGCUCUAUAUGUGGAAACAGCUACACCAGCAUGAGGGCUCUCAGGAGCCAUCUCAGAGGGCACACACAGUCCCACGGUACUCCUGCAAGCUCAGGGCCUUCAUCCAUGUCCUCCCACGAAGAAGUGAAAGACGAGGAGCUUGGAGAGAUGAUGAUCUGUAGUACAUGUGGUGAAAGUUUUGCCAAUAGGCAGGACUUGAUUUCCCACCAGCUUCUACACAACAGUGACCAGGUAGAUAAUGUUAAUCAUUUACAAAUGGACAACAGCGACGUGUCUGGAUGCAAGGAGGAAGCACAGAGUAUCAUCUGUGGCAGCUGUGGCAUUUUCUGCACCAACUACCAUCAUCUUGAGAACCAUGGCUGCACAGCUGAGAGGAAAGAUGAGUCAACGCAUGCUAAAGAGGAAACGAAAGUAAACAAAGUUGCCCAACAUGAAGACACAAGUCACUUUAAAGAAACAGGUGAUACUGAAGCUCGUCAGUACAAAUGUGAUCAGUGUGGGCGCUCAUAUAAACACGCUGGUUCCCUCCUUAACCACAAAAAGUCCCACAAAACAGGUGUGUUCAGAUGUCUCGUCUGCCAGAAACGCUUCUACAACUUGUUGGCCUUAAAAAACCAUCAAAGAUCCCACUUUGAUAUUAAGAGGCAUACUUGCCAUGAGUGUGGGAAAGCCUUCAAAAUUCAGAAGCAGCUAUUGAACCACCUGAGAAGGCACAAAGAGAACCAAGCCAAAAUCCAGGAGCUCAACAACCAGAUCCAGGCCCUCAUGCAGAUGAAUGGGACCAGGUCCGGUGGAGGAAUGCAGUCCUUGACUUCAAAUUCCAAUCAGGCUUUUACCUCUGCUCGACGCAGCAAGCAACUGGCUGAUGGGAAAAAGGCUCAAACGAAGUGUGACACUCCAAUCAAAUCAGAAGACACGGGCGAUGAGCGGCCUUUCGCCUGUGAUCAGUGCGGGCGUACGUAUCGCCAUGCUGGAAGUCUGGUCAACCACAGAAACUCCCAUAAAACAGGUGAAUAUUACUGUUCCGUUUGCAACAACACUUACUCCAAUCAGCUUGCAAUGAAAAACCACUUGCGCACCCACUUUGCAUAUAAAAAGCAUUCUUGCCAAAACUGUGGUAAAGGCUUUAGAGGAAAGAAGCAGCUAUUAGCUCACGUCUGUGCAGACCUCAGAAAGGAUGGGGCCGGAGGCAGGAGGGGCCUAAAAUCUAGAUCCCUUAAGUGUAAGGAAUGUAAACAGGUCUUUCUCUCUGUUGACCAACUGGCAGCCCACACCUGUGAUAGACCUUCAGGCAGCACUGAUGCACAAACAGAUACUCAGAACAAAGAGGAGCGCCCUUUCACGUGCAACAUAUGUAAUCGCAGCUACCGCCACGCAGGCUCGCUCUUGAACCACAAAAAUACCCACAAAACAGGACACUUCAGUUGCACCUUCUGCUCUAAGCCCUUCACUAACCCCAUGGCUCUACGCAACCAUACGCGCAUCCAUACGCAGAAGAAAAAGUAUGUGUGUCUCACAUGUGGGAAGGCCUUCCGCCUUGCCAGUAUCCUGCACAACCACCAGAGGGUCCACAGCCGGAUGGCGAGUCACUUCAGCUGUCCUGCGUGUGGAAAGAACUUCCAGGGCAGGUCUGGUCUGAAGAGGCACCGCUGCCGCAGAGGUCAGGAGAGCUCAGUGAGAGCUGGAGUCCAGCAGUCAGAGAAGGGAGACAAGUGCUUCAUGUGUGACCUGUGUGGACGCUCCUACCGCCACGCCGGCUCCCUCCUCAACCACAAAAAGACACAUUCCGAAAACCUCCACCAUUGUACCUUGUGUCUCCAGACCUUUCCCGAUCCUGUCACUCUGCAGAUACACUCCCAGAUGAGGCGUCACUGCUGCCCCGAGUGCGGCAAGACCUUCUGCCUGGUCACGCACCUACAGAGCCACAUGGAGGUGCACUCGAAGGAACGGGCUGUGGUCUGCAGCCUCUGCCAGCAGAGCUUUCCCACCACAGACAGUUACCAGCAGCACCACGACAUGCACCAUAGGGGUCAGGGCCCCUAUCAACAAGCUGUGGAUGAACCCGUAGAUAACAACAUCUGCUGGGACUCAGGAAUAAAUCAGACCAUGGACGAGAUGAACAAGCAGGUUCCACCACCUCUGUCCCAUAUUCCAGGAAGUAUCACUGAUACGCAGAAGGGCAACGACACUGCUGGUAUGGAGGAGAAAAGCCAUGUCUGCGAGCACUGUGGCCGCACUUACCGCCACGCCGGCUCCCUCCUCAACCACAAGAACAGCCACAAGACAGGCUCCUUCUUCUGCUCCAUUUGCCAGAAAGAGUUCACCAACCUGAUGGCUCUCAAGAACCACCGGCGCAUUCACACAGAGCCCAAGCGCUACCAGUGCCUGGAGUGUGGAAAGGCGUUCCGCGUGUCCACUCAGCUCAUAUGUCACCGAAGGAUCCACACCAAAGAGAAGCCCUUCGCCUGCCUGCUGUGCGACAAGAGCUUUUCCAGCAAGUCCAACCUGCGGCACCAUCAGAAGAUGCACCAGAACGCACAGACCUACGACUCCUCUUUUAGCAUGGAUGCUGACACGUUCAUGGACCUGGACAUGGGGUCUUUCCUUUGAAGUAGUACUCCAGAGCAUACAAGAGAAGAGGACAUGUGAUCCUCUUAUUUAUCUGUUAUUUAUCUCUCUAUCAGUAAUUGUAAAACAGUAUUUUUUUCAGAAAGUGCUCCUUGGUCCUGACAGAAGCUCCUUUUGAAGAUGCAUAUUUCAUCACUGACUUCCAGUCUUACCUCCACAACAACAGAUAGCAGCGUCACUGAAAAGUCUCCGGAGAGUUUAUCGGUCAGCUUUUAAUAAGGCCUGAAUGUUUUCCAUGAAUACACAGUAUCCCAGAAUACAGGGCGGGUGAUGAAAACAUUAGCCGCCGCUCAUUCCUCAAUGACCAACCAACCAACCAAAGUGAACAGAAAAGUGCAGCCCACAUCCUUGUAAGAACAUUAACACUGACAACAUGUUUUUGUAAGACUACUGUUCUAACGGUGAUCUCUCCUCUCUUGCUAUGUAUAAUUGUGUUCAGUGCCUCUGUAAGUUCCUUAGGAAACAAACUAUAUUUAUCUUUGAAUCCUUUUGUUAGCUUUGCCGUCAAUCUCGAAGGACUGCUCACUUUCCUUUGGGACUUCACAUAGGGCAAGCCUGUUAUUAUUAAGUCAAAUACCUCUGGGUGUGUCCAAAGGUCAGUGGCAAAGUGAUUUACUGAAAUCAUAUUAUCAAGUAAAUAGUUGUACUGCUAAUAAUAUUCGCGUUGAGUGACAUUGUAUGCUAAAAUGGUUGUAUUUAUUAAUUUAUUCCUGUUAUUUUAUGUCCAUAUUUUAUUAGAAAAAAAAAACUUUUUAUGAAUGUUGUAAAAAAACAAAAACUGUCUUCUAAAACUCAUGUAGCCUUUAAGGAACUUCAUCAGUCAGUUUGUAACUCAUCAGGCAGGAACGACUGAGCCAAGGAUGGUGUGUUAUCGGCUGCACUCAGGGUAAACCUUCAAAAGGAACAUACCUGAUGUGUAAAACAUUGUACAGUCUCUGAACCGAACAUAGCAUUUGUGGGGGGGGGGUUUUUUCACUUGUGCCAUUUCAAGAUGUUUAUAUUUUAGCUCAUGUAACAGUUGUCAAAGUCACUUAGCAUUUAGCUGCAGCUGCACGCUCAGUGCAGGCUGUAAUCCACCUUGAACAUUUCAAGAAGCAUCAGUUAUGUUGAAGUGCCAGUGCCUAAAAUGUAAACCGAUUGUAGCAGUUUCAUGUAAACAAACCUCCUUUCACUGUACUUGUUAUACUGUAAAACACAAUGUUGAUUUUUUUUUUUUUUUUUUUUUAGUCCACUACAUUUGAUUUUUUUUAAUUUUUUCUCUGAUAAUUUAUAAAUCUUUUCAGGCACAAAGAUUUCAAAUGUCUUAAAGCAGUAAAUGAUAAAAGUGUUGCAACAGUGAGGUGGAAGAGGUUCCUUUUUGCCUCUAAUGAUUUUUUUCUCCCCACACAAAUGCUGUAUAUUAAUCAAACACAAUGACUUUACAUAUGUACUUUCAAACAAACAAAUACGUGGCCAAAAUGCCUCAUUUCUCCUAAGCACAAGUAUUACUGCAAACAUACCAGAGCUGUAUGGAUUUAGAACAACAAACCAGUCUCAUCUUCACUGUCCAAGCUGAUGAACCACUUACGUUCUGUGAAAAAUGCGCAGUUGUAGAUUUUUUUUCCUUUUUUCUUUGUCUAACGUGAAUGUUGUUCCUUAAGUGAUUUUUUUUUUAACACAAAUCUAAGUGAACACAUGGCCUUUGUUUUUUUUUCUAAUGAUCUAAAAUUAGAUUUUCUUUAUGCCAUAUACAUUUCAUGUAUGAGUAUGUUUGGCACCAGUCAGAAGUAUGAAAUACCUCAUGGAAAGCCCUGCCUACCUAGCAACUGCUACUUAAUGCCUCAUGCAGCUUAAUUGUAGGGAAUACACUGUAAUCAUACAAACUCAGAUAGUUAUCAGUUGUAAGACAUGACAGGAAUGGAUGAAGCAUUGAUUUUAAGGUUUUGCUUUGUAGUUUGCAGAAUCUAUUUUCACCAUAACAUGGUUUUUUCUCUGCAGUUUGUUGUUUUCAGAGUUCUAUUUGCACACGUGUAGUUGAAACACUCGUAGCCUAAGGGGGACAGGAGGUCUAUGAUAAUGCAGCCAAGACGCUGUCGUUUCGUUGGGCUGUCGACGGGCAGCCCGUCGGCUGCUCGAUAGUUCACCUCAGCUCAUUUUUUUUGCGGGUCGUAAUAUUAAAGCAAUAUGCUGAAAGUAUUGUUUCAGUGCACGAACUGAGUACAUCUCAUUUGUCUUCAUCAGGUUCAGGACACUGACACUAGCCUUGAAAAACCAUGACAACUUGCCAUCUGCCAUUUUGUUGCAUUAUUUAAAAGCUUAAGUGUAUUAAUUGUAAGGAUUUAGAUGAUUACUGUAACAUAUUUUCGUACACCAUGGUAACCUAUGUGUAAAUGACACGCACAUUUGAGUUAAAACCUUAAACUGAGUUUAUUUUUGUAUAAUGUUCACGCUCUUAUUCCUUGUGGCACUUAACACGUUCACUCCUCUGUCAUUGAUCACAGUCACAGCCUGGUAUUUGUGGUGUGCGUUAAUCUCAGAGCUCUCUCUGUAAAUACUCGAACGAAAAUAUAACGGUUGGAUCUCUGUACAUUUACGGCAAGAUUUUGUUUGGCAAGAGAAAACUGCUAGAUUAGCUAUUGUGUAAUAAAAAGCAUAUACCACACGUUCUGAUUUAUUGGAUUUUCAGUGCUCAAAAAUGUCUGCUCAGUAUUUAAUGCAUAUUUAUAUAACUAUUUUGUCACUCUGAAGCGUAGAUUUUUACUUCUUUGUUAGAACUUAGUUUAGAAUAUAAGCAAAUUAUUGAUAAAACUAGUUGAAAUUAAUUAAAAGACUUGGAAAAUACGUGUUUGUCUCUUGUCCAUAUUCUUCCAACUGAUGGUCAUCAACAACUUGGAUUAUUAAUGAAAGUUGUCAGU